UUUUCCAAUAUUCUAAGAUUUAUCAUAAUUUUUCUGGAAUUUAUUUCGCACGUUCGAAAAAUCACAUUAUUUAAGUGUAACGGAUUUAUUACCGUUAUCUCGAUUUGCGUGCAACUUCUAGAAGCUUUUUAAAGUGCUGAGAAUUCAAAAGGAAGGUGCUAGGUGGCUUCCUUAAUUGAGCACAUGGGAUAAUGGAAGUACUUGGUGGCCAAGGUUUGCUUGUGUCAUGGAUGACUUCAUCUUUUGCUUAUGUCAUGCAUGACAUCAUCCCCCACCAUUUGCCUAUAAAUACCAAGCAUUCCCCCACCCAUUUUCUUCAAGCUAAGAGCCAAAUAUAUGCUGAGAUUUUGAAGUGAAAAUACUCUCCCAAAGUUUAUUCAAGCACCCACCAUAUUUACUUCAUCUUUAAAACCUUCGAUUCUUCAUAUACUUCGUUAUAUACACAAGGUUUUAAACCCCGAGGCUUCGUACCACCCAACCUAGCCAAAUCUCGCUUAGCUCAUUUUCAUACCACUCUUUUUGUCCUCCCGAAGGGCUCUCCAAAGUUCGUGUGCAAAGCCAAAAUCCGGUCGAACCUCCGACGAAUUCUUCCGGCGAACUUUUUGUAAGUAGUUAUUUUAGCUUCGUUUUACUCGUGUCUUAACCGACCAUUUUUAACAAAGGGCUUUUGAACAAAAAUAUUCUCUUCAUCUUUAAAGCUCUCCUUGUUUACAAAACUCACGAGUUAGCCACUCGUUAUAUAUUUGUGCGUGUGUUUUGUCCCGGAACCUAACUCGUAUCCUUUGAGAUUUCCUCACCAAACUUUGGAGGGAUCUUUGCCUUGGCACGGAAAGCCGGAUAUAAGGCCAAAGUGAGGUGAAGUGAAGUGAGGUGAUCUUCGUUCUAAGACCCAAGUCCUUGACGUAUUGACGGGGAGUUAAUAGUCAUUGCACCGUGAAGAAGAGGAAAGACCCAAGAUCUAAUACCUAAGAUCCAAGACCGGCAAAAGGUGUAGAAGUACAAAGACUACACAAGGUUCUACAUCGACUUUGAGGAAGUAACGGGGAGUUACGUUCCGAGACAAGCUUUGUAGGUGUUUUUACAUUUAUAGUGAGGAGGUAACGGGAAGUUGCGCUCCAAGAUAUAUAUUUGUAAAGGCUUUUCCGCCUACUUUAAAGGAGUAUCUUUAUAGUAGAGAAAAUCUUGAGUCCGGGGAGGAGCUCGGGGACUGGACUAGGGGUGAGUGGACUCCAUCGGUUGAGUUAGCCACCGCGAACCAGGAUAAAAUCCCUCGUGUGGUAUUUUUCUUUCCUUGCUUUUUGCUUCCGCAUUUACAACUGCCAUUACUCUAGAUACAAGCUUUUAAAAAGGGGAUAAACUUUUUAAAACGCCAUAAAGUUUUUUAAACUGGUGAUUAAGCUAUUCAACCCCCCCUUCUAGCUUAAUUAUCCUUAUAUACGGACCUAACAGUUGGUAUCAGAGCAGUUGCUUUUAUUUGUGCUAUUUGAUUUUUAAGCACUACAAAAAGUAGAUCCGAUAUGGCUUUUAUCAAUGCCAUCGGUUGUAGUGAAGGUCUCUCAAAUUCUAGACCUCCUUUAUUUGAUGGCACGAACUUUGCCACAUGGAAAACAAGAUUUCGCAUUUAUGCUAGAAGUCAAGGUGUCAAAGUUUGGAUGGCCAUAGAAGAUGGUACAAUUAUUCCGACUAAAAUAGUCGACGAUAUUACUAUCGAAAAGAAAGUAAGUGAAUAUACUCACGAUGAGGAAGAUAGAAUGAAUAUCGCCGCUAAAGCGGAAAUGGUUCUCACAAGUGCACUUGCAGAAAAAGAAUAUAAACGAGUAAACAAUUGCAAGUCCGCACAAGAAAUGUGGAACAAGUUAGUAGUAACCUAUGAAGGAACUACCGACAUUAAAGAUUCUCGAAUGGAUACUUUGAUCCAAGAAUACGAGAACUUCAAACUCCAAGAUGGAGAAAAUAUCAUCGACAUGGAAACAAGAUUUACUCGUAUUGUCGAUGAAUUAGCUCAACUCGGAAAGAACUAUACUCGAAAUGAGAAGAAUCGUAGGGUUCUUAAAUCUUUACCUCCGAGUUGGAAAGUUAAAGUUACAACUAUCAAAGAGAUGCACAAUCUCAAUGAUUACCACAUCGAUAACUUAUUCAGAAAUCUUCGUGCUUACGAAGAAGAUAAUGUUCCGGAUAUUGUCGUUCCUAAAGUGGAAGACAAAAAGAAAAAUAUGGCUUUAAAGUCCAUAUUAAUCGAUGAGGAUGAAAACGACGAGGAGUUGAAUGAAGAACUCCAAAAUCUCGACGAAAGCGAGAUCGCUCUCUUAACGAGACAACUUCGUCGUGUACUUCGAAGUAAAGCUCAAAGGUAUGGAAAAGGCUUCCUUAAAUCGAAUAAUCAACAAAGAGUUUUUAACUCUAAUGGAAGGCCUAAUUACUCUCCAAACUAUACUCCAAAUUAUAAGAGUAAUUAUCCUACUACGGGCUAUAACAAAGGCAAAGUCAAUCAAAGCCCUAAUGCUUAUAAUCAUGCCAAUAACAACCAUACUUACACUCCUCCUAAACCAAAAGAACAAAAUGCGGAGGAAGCACAGGAUGUGUGUUUCGAGUGUAAGCAACCCGACCACUUUAAACGGGAAUGUCCUAAACUUUCCAAAGGAAGGAUUCUCGUGGCCGAAAAUGGUUGGGAUUUAAGUGAAGAUGAAGAGAUCUCGGAAACUAAUGAAGAAGUGGUCAACUUGUGCUUGAUGGCUCUCGAGGAUGAUUCUUCGUCAUCGGAUGUCUCCACUUCAAAUGAUGAGGUAAGUUCUCGAUCUAAAGUUUUACAUAACUUACAUCUCUUUAGUGAAUCUUCAUUGCAUUUAUUGGAUUUGAGUAAAAGUGAUUUGAUUGAUUUGGUGGUUGAAAUAAAUAAAAUAAGUAUUAGUGCUAAUCAACGUACUCUCUCACUAUGGUCCGAGAAGGAAAACAUUGAAAAGAUGAAUAAAACUCAAGAAGAAGAGUUAUCUCGGAUUAAGGAUUUAAAUCUUAAAAAUGAGGAAGAAAUCUCAUCUCUUUGUGAACAAAAUGAUAUCUUGAAAAAUGAGCAUAAUAAGAGUAGAGAUAUUAUUAUGAGAUUGGAAGUUGAAAAUGUUUCCUUAGUUCUACAAACCGAGGAAUUAGAAAAUGAGAAGCUACAAUUAAAUAGAGAUAAUACUAAGCUUCAUAUUGACUUGUUGAAUUUGAAAAUCCAAAAUGAGUCAUUAACUCAAGAAAAAUCAACUUCGGUUUCUCAAAAAGAUAACCUUGAAUUAGUUCAUGCCUUGAAAGAAAAAGACAAGAUAUUUGAGUUAGAAACACAAAAGUUGAAGGAUGAACACUCCAAGAUUUUAGCUCAUGUUUUAGAUCAAGAAAGGAUUCUUAAUGAUAAAUUAAAUGUCUUGAUCAAGGAAAAUGAAAAUCUUGAAGUUGUAGUUCAAAGGUUCACUAAGGGUAAUAAGAUGUUAGAUAGAAUGGUACAUUCUAAGAUAUCAUAUAAUCAUGAAGGAUUAGGAUAUGAUAAAAAUGCUGAACCUAAAAAGUUUGUACAAGACAAGAAACAAACUACCUUUGUUCCCGCUUCACCUAGAUAUAAAUGUUCAUAUUGCAAUAAAGAUGGACAUACGGUUGAAUAUUGUAAAAUCAAGAAUGGUGAGAUUAAAGGGAAGUAUGUAUGGGUUCGUAAAGGAACAAAACCAUAUCAUAAGGUUGAUCAAAAAGUGAGAAAUAAAAACGUUGAUAACACUCAAAGACAACCACAGUUUAGUUAUGUUCAACAACCUAUUUCGUAUCAACAUAGAAACACAAGGUAUAAUUCAAAUGGACAAACUUCUAGAAGUCGUUCUAUUCCUAGUCAACAUUUCUAUCCACAGAAUACCAUGUUUUAUCCAAAUGAUAGAAAUAACAUGUAUCAAGGUGUAAACUUUCAAAGAAACAAUCCUUUAAGAAACACAAGAUACUAUGACUAUUCUAGGAAUGUUGCAUCUAGAAACUCCUAUGUGCCUAAUCAUGAUUAUGCUAUGCCUAGUUUCUAUCAUGCGAACUCGAAUGCUUAUAAUGAUACACUAACCCGAGGACCCUUAAGACGAAAGGGUACCUAUAAAUUUAAUUGAUUUGUUUUGUAGGUGUGCCUUGUUACUAAGCAUGAUAUGUGGUACCUUGAUAGUGGUUGUUCAAGACACAUGACGGGUAAUAAGUCUCUCUUGAAUGGCAUUAGAAAGGUUGCCGCUGGAAGUGUCACGUUUGGAGAUAGUAGCAAGGGUAGUAUCAUUGGUAUUGGAGAUAUUGGUAAUGAACAUUUCAAGAUUGCUAACGUACAACUAGUUACGGGACUUAAGUAUAAUCUUCUCUCCAUUAGUCAACUUUGUGAUAAUGGAUAAAAGGUAAUUUUCUAUCCUACUCAUUGUUCUAUUUUAAAUGAGGAUGGAAAAUUGAUGCUUACUUGUCCUCGUAGCAAAAAUGUGUACACUUGUGAUAUUAGCAAACAUUCUAAUGUAUGUCUAUUUUCUACUCUUGAUGAUCCAUGGUUGUGGCAUCGUAGAUUAGGACAUGCGAACAUGAAACUAAUUAAAAGUAUUUCAACUAAUGAUCAUCUAAGGGGUAUACCAAAGUUAAACUUUAAAAAGGAUCAUA